CUUAAACUGGUUUGUUUAUCCGCAUUCAUCAGGCAGCGUUCAGUGCUGCAUGAUGGUACUAGAUUCUACACAGGACAAUAAGGCAGGGAGGAUUUUUCAUUCAUGACAAUAACCCUGGUGUCUGGUUUCCGGUUUCCGUGGAGAUGGCCAGAGUUAAGGUUCUCAUGACAUUAAGGGGUCUGGUGUCAGUAGUGAUUCUGCUAUGGACUGCCACACCCAUGGAGGGGGGAGAUGUCCAUGUAACCUGUGGGUUCUCAGAGGAUUGUGUCCUGCCCUGCAGCUUCCUGCCUGGCAGUGAGGAAGUCAUCCACUGGAUGAAACUAGAAGACAAGGACGUGACCGUCCACUCCUACUACUACAGUACAGAUCAGUUCAAAGAGCAGAGCCAGCGUUACAGAGGGAGAACAGCCCUGUUCAAUGACCAGAUCCCCAAAGGAAACGCUUCACUACUGCUGAGAGGGAUCACACUCCAGGACCAGGGCAGAUACAAGUGUUACACCAGCACUAUUAAAGGCAACAUGGAGUCCUUCAUUAACAUAGCAGUGGAAGCUCCAGUCCGCUUGGUGGACAUACAGUUAUCAGAUGACAUCAUCACAUGCAGUUCUACAGGUAUCUACGCUGAGCCUAAACUCACCUGGUCCACUGACCCCCCCUCUGACCUUUCAUUUGACCCUGGAACCAUACAGAACUCCACCAGCAUCAAGGUGGAUGACCAGGGCCUCUAUGACAUCACCAGCACAAAACAGUUUAGCAGAAACCUAACCAACAUCUGUACCGUGACCUCUGGGACAGUAGAAAGGACAGCAACCCUGAAACAGCAAGAUCCGGUCCAAGGUUCUCUAAGCAGUGAGGUGUCCAUCCCCUGCAGUGUCUCUCAGUCUGACCUCCUGACCUUUGACCUCACCUGGACGUUCAAGCAGAUAGUCACCAUCCUUACCUCCACCUCCACCAACGGUACAGCUCAGAUGUAUGUUGUUGACAAGUGGAAGGAGCAGGUUCAGAAUUUGUCUGACUCUGGCAGCCUUCAGCUCCACAAGUUAACCAUGGUCCACCAGGGGACCUACAGCUGUGAACUCUCUACUGCCAGAGACACACACCUGAUCCUCACCUACCUGCAGAUCACACCUGAUAAACUAUCUGAUGUUUCAGAUGGACUGAGUCCAGGUUCAAUCACUGGUAUAAUAAUAGCAGCAGUGAUUAUAGCAGCAGUGAUAUGUUACCUGCUGAGAGGUUUUCUGGCCAAAUACAAAAGUAACAUGGGCAUCUGAAGAGGGAGAGUCACUCUCUGCUACAGCAAAUACAAAUGGUCCAAAUGAAAACAGUCAGAGUGGAAAACCACUUCAGAAUGAAGAAGAAAGAAAGGAAGACAUAGAAAGACAACAAGAAUAAGGUAAAGGAGAAGAGGGUUCAUCCACAGCAGACAUAGUUAUGCCUUCAAUCAACAUGUAGAAAACUUUCCAUAAAAACCACAAAACAUUAGUAACGUUCAAAGACUACAACCGCAGGGCUCUCCAGGACACCUACAGCACCCGAUAUCAGAGUAAGGCCAAGAAGAUCCGCAAGGGUGUCAUCAAAGCUCGGACUGAGAGAUUGAAAAACAGCUUCUAUCUCAAGGCAAUCAGACUGUUAAACAGCAUUCAAUAGCUGGCUUCCACUCGGUUGAGGGUGCUGCCCUAUAUACACAGACUUGGAAUCACUGGCCACUUUAAUUAUGGAACAGUAAUCAAUUUAAUAAUGUUUAAAUAAUGUUUACAUGCUGCUUUCAUCUCAUAAGUAUAUACUGUAUUAUAUUCUACUGUAUUUCAGCCAAUGCCACUCCGAUAUUGCUCAAUAUAAUAUUUCAAUAUUUCUUAAAACCUAUUUGGGCUAAUCGUCCCGCUAGCGGGAACAUUUCUGGUGAAACUGGAGGGAGCGCAAUUCAAAUAAAUGAUCAUAAAAAUGAUGGAUAUUAAACAUUUAUGUACAUACAAUUGUCUUCUAUUGGUUGAAAGUUUAAGUUCUUGUUAAUCUCACUGCACUU